AAAAAUCUGCAAACCAUGGAUUCUUGAGUUGGAGCUCAGUGUGGGGAGCCAGAGACCUGAGUUGACUCAGUCACCAAUCUCCAUGGCCAGUAUGAGCCGUGCUUUCUCCUUCUCACUCAUCUAUCUCACCCUCCUCAUCUCUGCAACCCAACAAGAAGUAGAAGAAGACACGCCCAUCACGCGCUUCCAACGCUACCUGCGAAUAAACACAGCCCACCCAAGCCCAGACUACUCCUCCGCCGUCUCGUACCUGAAAGCCCAAGCCCACUCCCUGGGCCUCCACACAAAAACCCUCGAAUUCACCCCAGGCAAGCCCCUUCUGCUCCUCACAUGGCCCGGCUCAGACCCUUCCCUCUCUUCGAUCCUCUUCAACUCCCACCUCGACUCCGUCCCCGCCGAGCCCACCAAAUGGCUCCACCACCCUUUCUCUGCCUUCCGAACCACCGAAGGCAAAAUCUUCGCUCGCGGUUCCCAAGAUGACAAGUGCAUCGCAAUGCAAUACCUCGAAGCCAUUCGCAACCUCAAGACACGUGGCUUCUCCCCCCUCCGCUCCCUCCACGUGUCACUCGUCCCCGACGAGGAAAUCGGCGGCUUCGAUGGCGCCGCCAAGUUCGUUGAGUCCGAGGAGUUCGAGAGGUUGAACGUUGGGUUUGCUUUGGAUGAAGGGCAAGCCUCGCCUGGGGAGGAGUUUAGGGUUUUCUAUGCGGAUAGGUUUCCGUGGCAUUUGAAGAUCAAGGCGAAGGGGCAACCCGGGCAUGGGUCAAGGAUGUAUGAUAACAGUGCGAUGGAGAAUUUGAUGAAGAGUGUGGAGGUAGUGAGUAGGUUUAGGGAGAGCCAGUUCGAUGUGGUUAAGGCUGGGAAAGCCUUGAAUUCCGAGGUUGUUUCAGUGAAUCCGGUUUAUGUCAAAGCUGGGGUUGCUUCUGAAAAUGGGUUUUUCAUGAAUGUGCAACCUUCGGAGGCAGAAGCUGGUUUUGAUCUCAGGUUAACGCCUACGACAGAUCCUGAGGAAAUGAGAAGGAAGAUUGCUAUGGAAUGGGCGCCGGCGGUUAGAAAUAUGUCAUAUGAGCUUAUUGAGAAAGGACCCAUUAGAGACUGCACGGGGCGCCCAUUAGUGACUGCAACUAAUGAUUCCAAUCCAUGGUGGUUAGUUUUCAAGCAGGCUGUUGAAUCAGCUGGAGAAAAACUUUCAAGGCCUGAAAUUCUGGCAUCCACAACUGAUGCCAGAUAUCUCAGACAGAAGGGAAUUCCUGUACUCGGUUUUUCUCCAAUGAAAAAUACGCCCAUCUUGCUUCAUGACCACAACGAGCACUUACAGGAUACUGUGUACAUGAAUGGAAUAAAGGUAUACGAGUCUCUGAUAAGUUCCUUGAGUACAUUUACAGAAGCUUCUUAUUAAAUGCCCCCUGUUGAUUAAGAAGGGCAUGAGUUUCUUAUCUCAAUACGAAAUAAAUUGUCCAUGGGUCUGAUUUUACCCUUAGCAACAAAUCUGAGCGAUUGGAUGCCACCUUAAAAAAUAAGUGACGUGAAACCAUAUAUAGCAAAGUUGAUACCUGAUAUCAUAAGAAAAACAAUCCGGUGUUGCUUUAAUUCGCUGAUGGUGGGGAUGUUUUAGAUACUUAUUAUUGUAAUUGUAAUAACCAUUAAGGUUUUGUUUUUCUUUUUUACUGGGGUAACUAUGAAGUUUAUUUGGUCCUCGUGUGAUGGUAAAUCAUCCAUUUACCAUCAUGUGCCAACCUUGGAUACUUUGUAGAAUCUUUAGAAGCGAUAACACUGGUACUUAUAGCAGUGAGUUCAUAUUUUUUGAAAAUUAGUUUUCGGAAGAUAUUAAACACACUUUUAGAAAUUAAAUCCUGGAAGUCACAGUAAAAAAGGUGCAGCAAAUAGCAAAAAAUAAAUUAACAAUCCCCAAAAGUUUAACAGCAAAUAUUUAUUCUAAUUCAUCAUAAGUUGCAUAUUUUUGCUUACAAAAAAAAAUUCGUGUUUUAAUUUUGAAUGUACACUGAUGAAGUUGUUUAACAUACAAGUGAUAUCAUUUAACAAUUUUG